UUAUUAACCAAUAAACAUUUGAAAACCCUUGAAAAAAUUAAAUCCGUCAUAACCAUAAUCCUAAUCUAUAAUUUUAUGAUUAAAAUCCUGUAAUGCCAAACUGCAAGCAGCCAUUUAUAGUAAUAAAACCGCUGUUAAGAAUUCAUAACAUUCCAGAUGCUAGUGUGUUCUUGAGUCAGCUGUUGUAAGACGAUAUAAACAUGUUGCAUGCAUGUAGACCGCUUAAGACCCUCGGUGUGGGAGCAGAGUGUGGACGCGGGCUGAAAAGCCUCCGGCCGCUUCCUCAUGACAUCACAUGGUUGCAGAAUGACUUCUCUAACAUUCAUCUGUGAGGCAAGACUUCCUCAGCACAGAGCGCGCUCACUGCUCUGUUCAUACUGAGAGAAGAAGAAAAAAAAAAAAGGCGUCAGUUUCUUGUGCUUAUCGUUUGUAAAAGGAGCCUGCAACCAUUUUAGGCAUAUUCAUAAGACAAAAAGUUAUCAGUGAUCUCAUCACCUGAUGCUACUUCCUCUCUUUGUCGUCAUGGCGACUGUAAGAGCCCCAGAGCACUGGAUACAGGGCCAGUAAGGAGGCCUGAUGUCUGAUUCCACCCCUGAAUGAACUGAAAUUCCUGCUACUUACACAGCGUGCUGCUCUGUAAAAAAAAGGCAGGCAUGGAGGAGGAAGGCAAGGUGAACGGCCUCGGACUGACCCCAGGGACGAGGCGCUCAGACUGGGGGAGAAUCGCCCUGCUGGACAAGACCAAGGAGUUCUUCCAGACCUGCGAUGUGGAGGGCAAAGGCUUUAUUACCCGCACCGAUAUGAGGAGGCUCCACAGACAGCUGCCUCUGUCUGCGGAGGAGCUGGAGGAUGUGUUUGACUCUCUGGAUACAGACCGCACCGGUUACCUCACGCUGGAGGCAUUCUCCUCUGGAUUCAGUCAGUUCCUGCAUGGCCGGAGGAUCUCUGUGGCUGAUGACCAGAAUCAGGCCCCCGGCCCUGUCAUUAGGGCCAAGGAAGCCCUUUAUCAGAGCCAAUGGGAAGCCAAGCUGUCAGGAGGUGAAGACGAGGAAGAGGGGCACUUCUGCAUGCUGCUGGAAAGCCUGGGGGCCAGUAAUGUGUUUGAGGAUCCAGACGAGGUGCGCAGUCUUUGGGCUCGGCUCAGGCGGGAUGAGCCUCAUCUCUUGUCCAAUUUUGAGGAGUUCCUGGCCAGGGUCACCCACCAGAUCAAAGACGCCCACAAGGAGAAGAAGGAGAUGGAGAGCGCCCUACAGAGGAAGGCCGCAACACAUGACAGCGAGAUCCGUUAUUUAUACGAAGAGAUGGAGGCGCAGAUCAACAACGAGAAGGACAGGCUGAUACUAAAGGAUUCUGAACGUCUUCAGGUGCGCAGUCACGACCUGGAGCAUCAACUGUUCUCGAAGGAGAAAGAGCUGGAGCAUCUUUUCCAGAAGCAGAAAAGGUUAGAGGUCCAGUGCCUCGAGCUGAACAGCGAGAAGCAGGAGAGCCACGUGGAGAACGUCAAGCUGAAGAUGACCAACGACGAGCUGUCCCGGGCGCUGGAGAGCACCAGCCAGGACCUGGGGCUGGCCCAGGAACAGCUGGCCAUGCUGCAGGAGCAGGCGGCCCGUCUGCAGCAGGAGAAAGAGAUGGAAAUGUACAGAGUUACUGAGGGACUGCAGAGGGAGAAGCAAAGUCUCAUGAAGCAGCUUGACCUCCUCAGAGAGAUGAACAAGCAUUUAAAAGAUGAACGAGACAUAUGCUGCGGAGUACCCCGGACCUCGCUCAGAAAGAAGCAGAAGCAGAGAGCGGGCCUCGACAAUAUGUUUGAUGACACCAGCCAGCCAAAAAGAGCCCCACUGUUGGUGGACGGGUCCUACCAGUCUCUGGAGGCCCUGCCUAUGGAGCACCUUCAAAUCGUGUUUGUUGCUUCCUCUUCCUGUAGUGAGGAUGACACCACCAUUGCCGCCCCCUCCUCCUUCUCCACCCCCACCGUUAGCGCCCCAGCAUGUCAACAACGCCCUGCUGCAAAGAAAAACACUGGCUUAGCCAACGGUUACGCCAACCCGGCUCCACCCAAAGCGAACGAUGUGAGGCCAAAGGUCAAAAAAACGAACGGAAAGAUGGCCGCCACUAAGAGGCUGACGGCGAAAGACAGAGACAGAGCGAAGAAAGUGGAAUUUAAGAAGAAGACAGACGCAGAAGAGGAGGCCUUGGACGCCCCUCCGGACGGGUGGCCCCUCCGCCGGGUCAUCUCUAUUGAGGAGGACCACCUGCCCCACCUGCUCCAAGGAGGGCCUCAACUUUUAAUGCACCAGCUCAGCGAGGAGGAAGACGGAGUGGAAGACGAGGAGGAAGAGGAAGCGCAGAGUGACGUUGAAACCAGUGUUGUCCUGGCAGUAGACCUGUCCGCCACCACACCCUCUGGUCACGUCCCUGGGUCGGCAGGAGCAAGGAAAUCCCGCUCCACCCAUACGAAAAAGACGCCCAUGUCUCCAAGAGGACAGCCAGUCGGGAAGGAGACCCAGCAAACGACACAUGAAGGAGCACUGUUUGCCCCAGACCGUCUCUUCAAAGUGGUCCUGGUCGGAAACUCGAGCGUAGGCAAGACAUCCCUGCUACGCUCCUUCUGUGAGGGCCGUUUCCAUCCUUCCACAACCGCUACUGUGGGUAUUGACUACAGUGUGAAGACACUUACCCUGGACAAUAUGCAGGUGGCCAUGCAGCUUUGGGACACGGCAGGUCAGGAGAGGUACCUCAGCAUUACCAAGCAGUUCUUUCGCAAGGCCGACGGUGUGGUGGUGAUGUACGACGUCACCGUGGAGGAGAGCUUCAGGGCUGUGCAACCCUGGCUCAGCAACGUCCAGGAAGCAGCAGGAGAAGGCAUCCCCAUCCUCCUUUUGGGCAACAAAAUGGACAUGGAUGGAGAGAGGGAGGUGUCAUUCAAAGAAGCCGAGCAACUGGCUUAUGAAAACAAGGUGAUGUUCUUUGAGGUCAGUGCCUACACUGCCAAGAAUGUGACAGAGUCCCUCACACACCUGGCAAGAGUGCUAAUGGAGCAGGAGGACAAGGUGAGAGACACCACAGUCGUUCUGAGUGCUCAGCCCAUAAAGAAGAAAGCCUGCUGCAAGUGAAGUGUAAACUCAAUUUACUAAGUCCUAGAUCACCUUUUUUUUUGCAUCUUUCAUAAGAUGACAAUGAAAUCGUUCUUGAACUUUAUAGUAGAAUGUGUCUUUUAAACAAGCAGGCUUUAUUUUGGCCCACAAAUGCACAACAUAUUGAAGUCCCUCAUGAAGGACUGUGAAGCCCAUUUCAACAUUAAACCAACUGUCAAGUUUAAAUGAUGAGGCUCAGAGGAAGAGCUCAUCUAGAGUGAAAAUAAGGUGCUGCACCAUUCCCUGUAUAUAAUGCUGUGUUGGAGAAAUCACAGUAGUGCUGUCUAUAAGAUUUAACAUAGAAAUAUAUUCUGUAUUAUAAUCACUUUUGAUAAAACCUCAACCGAGACAGAAAUCAUUAAUUUAACUGUAGUUUUUUUCCAUAAAUGAAUGCUAUCUUAAAAGUCUUAAUUUAUCUGUAUUUGUCUGAUGUAUGUUAAUGUAGUAAUGCUUUAUGUUUAAGCUUAAGAUGAACUAAAUGAUGUGGAAUUCAUUAAAAUAGCUGUUAGAAAUGAAAAUCAUGAGAGAAAGAAAAUCUGAUUCUUUGACAUUUUAUUCAUCAUCGUUGUUCAUCUUCUUUUUUUUUUUUCAUAUUCUUUGUCCGAUCAUAACAAAGUGGUACAUGACAUAUUGCAUCUGUGUUUGUUGCUGUUCUGAGGCAUUGUUCUGUUCUAUUCCGGCACCAAAGUACGUUUGCUCUCAA